AUGGGGAAGGCGGCAGCUGCGGCAGUGGCCUUGGCGGCCGAGGUGGGCGUGAGGAUCGCACUGUUCGCGGCCUUCCUGGUGACAGAGCUGCUCCCUCCCUUCCAGAGGCUUAUCCAGCCAGAGGAGAUGUGGCUUUACCGGAAUCCGUAUGUGGAAGCGGAAUACUUCCCUACCAAGCCGAUGUUUGUCAUUGCAUUUCUCUCUCCUCUGUCACUGAUCCUUCUGGCCAAAUAUCUCAAGGCGGCAGACACAACAGACAGCAGACAAGCCUGCCUCGCUGCCAGCCUUGCCCUGGCUCUGAAUGGUGUCUUUACCAAUACAGUGAAACUGAUAGUGGGGAGGCCACGCCCAGAUUUCUUCUACCGCUGCUUCCCUGAUGGGCAAGCCCAUUCUGACCUGAUGUGCACAGGCGACAAGGAUGUGGUGAAUGAGGGCCGCAAGAGCUUUCCUAGUGGACAUUCUUCUUGUACGAACAGCAUAUCAACUCUACUUCUAUCCUUAUUUUUGGAUCACUGA